AGUCUGCGCAGAUCAACGCACGCGGAGGAACCAGAGUGAACGAGGGAUCUGUUCCAAACAUAAUUAACAUUUACUCUAUCUGCGUAUAUUGAAUAGUGUAAGAGCGGGAUGAGGACAGAUUUUAGACACUAGAUCUCGUCGGUUUGUGUUCGAGAGAUGAGCAGCUCCAGUGGAGAGUUCGAGCCCGGAUCAAAGCGGCUGUGCACGCGCAUCCGCCCGCAGAUCAGCUCACAUGAGCGCGCUGAAGCAGCAGAGGGCAGCAGCGCUGAAGUGUCUGUGAUCAUGCCGGUGUAUAAUGCGUGUGAUUGGUUGAAUGAGUGUCUCGGGUCGAUACUGCAGCAGGAUUUUCAGGGCAGUCUGGAGCUGUCUGUGUAUGACGACGCCAGUACGGAUAACUCCAGAGAACUGAUUGAGAGUUGGCGGGAGAGGUUCAAGGAGAGAGGUGUUUCCGUGAUGAUAUCAGGCCAUAACUCAACCAGCCCAAGAGGAGUUGGAUUUGCUAAAAAUCAAGCGGUGUGUCAGAGCUCGGGACGAUACCUCUGCUUUCAGGAUGCGGAUGAUGUCAUGAUGCCUCAGAGAGUGAGACUACAACAUGAAGCCGCCACACUGAACCCCACAGCAAUUGUUGGUUGUAAAGUUUGCCGUAUUCCAGAAGGCUCCACUGAACGCUACACCAGGUGGAUCAACUCCCUCACUCCAGAGCAACUCCUCACACAGGUCUACACCUCUCAUGGGCCAACGGUCGUCAUGCCAACCUGGUUCUGCUCACGUGAUUUGUUCCAGAAAGUGGGUCCAUUUAACGAGGGAGGAAAGGGCAUUCCAGAGGACCUGCUCUUCUUCUAUGAGAGUCUUCGUCACGGAGGGGGCGUGGUCAGAGUGGAUGAGUGUUUACUGGUCUAUCGAUAUCAUGAACGUGCGGCAACACAUUCAGUUUUGGAGGACACUAUCUGGAGUCUCCGCGUGAACUUUCUGCAGGAGCGAGUGCUCAACCAAUGGGAAUCCUUCACUAUAUGGAAUGCUGGGAAACAGGGACGAAAGCUGUACCGCAGUUUGAGUCCAGCCAAUCAGAAGAAGGUGAAGGCGUUCUGCGACGUAGAUGAAAACAAAAUGAAGAAGGGCUUUUACACAUACGAGGAGUCAAAGGAACGUCCUAAACCGAAGAUUCCCGUGGUACACUUCAAAAACGCAUCGCCUCCAUUUAUAGUGUGUGUGAAACUGGUGAGUGUGUGUGUGUGUGUGUGUGUGUGUGUGUGUGUGUGUGUGUGUGAGAGAGAGAGUGUGUGUGUGUGUGUGUGUGUGUGUGUGUGUGUGUGUGUGUGUGUGUGUGUGUGUGUGUGUGUUUAUUCUUUCAGCUCUAAAUAUGGAACUGUAAUUUCAUGUUUUGAAAUACACUCAUAACAGGAAGUGACCGGAGACUGAAACGUUCUCUGAUAUGUGACCUCUCCAAAAUCCAAACACAUGCACCAGUCCAAAUGUCUGUGAGGCUCAUAUUAAUCAUCAUCUGUGUUUGCCUGUGAUGACUCUCCAGUGGGAUCUGAUAUGUACUUAAACACACCAAAACAUUGGGGAAAAGACCACUGCAGUUUGAAUUUCUUUUAUUCAAACCGUUUAUUGUCAUGUUUUAUCACGAUCUGGUUGUAGUCCACAGUCUACAUACACAUCUGCCUUCGAAGGUAGCACCCUAACCGAAAACCUAAUUCUGCACAGCCUUGUGUUUCGGGAGUGUAUCUAUGAUGAAAAAGAGCCAGACAUGUUUUUGACAGAUUCUGUGAGGUUAACUGGAUUUUAACAGAGAUUCUGAUUGGGACUGGAAAUCGGUAAAAACAUCCAAGAAACAUAAGAUCAUAUGGAUACAGCAUAAUCAGUGUAGUCUGACUCCCAAACGAAUUACUCUUUUGAACUGGUUCUUUUGAAUCAGUAACUGGCUGAUUGUUCAUCUGAUGUGUGUAUAAAGGUUUGAAUCAGUGGAAUAUGUUCAUGUAUAAUGUGGUUACAGUAGGACAAAUGUGUGGAUUACAUUUAUGCCUCUAAAAUCCAUUACAAACCUGCUGAGGGUAGGAAAUAAAUUAAGAUUUAAAUGUUUUAUUUCUAAAUAAUUGUUCCUCAGAAGUAAAAUUGUUAAUGGAGCAAUUAAGGAAUACGUAUUUUUAAGAGGAAUCAGAACAAUCAAAUGACAUGUUUAUUGUCCCUACUUAUGGUCUCUCUCUCUCUCUCUCUCUCUCUCUCUAUUUCUGUCUCUCUCUCUCUCUCUCUCUGUCUCUCUCUAUUUCUGUCUCUCUCUCUCUCUCUGU